AUGGCAUCCAAGAAGGUGAUCGUCAUGGACGUGUAUAAGGACGCCGACCUGUGCGAUCCGCUGGCGGAAGGAUGCAACCCCGGAGACCAGAGUCCACCGCCGGCCCUUUUAAAGCCUUCGUCGCCGGGCCCGAAAGACUUCGUGACAGUCGUGUCCGUCGAGGACCCCGGAGGGCCGCAGCCCGAACCCGACAACUUCGUGACGGUACUCGAGGUGAACGAGGCUUCCAGCGGCGUUGAGGAAGUCCUGGUAUACCGCCUUCCGGGAGAACGACUCGGCAUGGCACUCAAGUUCGUCGGCGGAACCACAGCGGGCGACAAUGUCUCCCGCGUCUUCAUCCAGUCCAUCACGCCGGAGAGCCCGGCUUCGCGGGCCCAGUGGAAGCUUUCGCCCAUCAAGGAAGGCGACGAGAUCCUCGAAAUCAGUGACAGUGCCGUGACCUCGAUGACCCGCCUGGACUGUGUGACCCUGCUGAGGGACUCCCCGGUAUGCAUCAAGCUCUUGCUGCGGCACCAGGCUGACGCUGCUGGGAGACCCCGGAAGAACCCGCCCCCGCCAAUCCCGCCGAGGAAGUCGUCCAUCGGUGCCGCCGUCGUGAACGAACUCCCACUGACGCCGACGACGAGCGUCCGACAACACGUCGAACUGUUUGAGAAGCACGCCAGUGGCUUGGAGAGGACACCGUCGCUCAAGAGGCCGUCCAUCCCCCCGCCUCUUCCACCGCGCCGGCCCAAGUCGAGUUGCUCGGAGGAGCAGCCGGCGACACCGUUCCCCGGCAUGUCGGUCAGCAUGAGGCUGCCCGGAUGGGAAGAGCUGAUGAGAAAGAGGGGUGGAGGGGGCGACAAGGGGGACCGGCCCGUGCAACCGGACCUCUAUGUCGACCUCCUCGCAGAGGAAGAAAAGAAGCUGCUCGAAUGCGAAUCGGAUGACACCGGUAGCUCUGUGUCCACCGUCAUCGAGAAGUUUUCCAGGGCGAGCACGGCCAACUCGAGUUUCUCCGAACACACCAGGCAGCAGUCGCUCGAUAGGCCCCUGCACACAUUUGACCUUGAGAAGGUACUGAGCCCGUUUGAGCAGCUGGAGAGGGAGUUGGAUGGACAGGAAGAGACCUGCGUCGACGAUGACGAGCAGGACCUCGAUUUCGUUGACGAUCCUGGCAUCCUUAACGACGGAAAGGACGCGCUCUGCGAUGUCUUAGGGCUGCCGUCCGCAAUAGCCCCACCGGAAUCGUUUCAAGACCUGUCCUCGUCGCCGCAGCACCCCGUCAAUGGAGACUUGUCGAGCGAGCCCGAGACAGAGUGCCGUUUAACUUCAGACGAAGACCAAGAGUCCAGAGCGGAAACCUUGUCUCCGCUCGAAGAGCAGGAGGAAUGCUCCGACCAGGACGGCUGCGCGGAGCCUCAGCGUGAAGAACCCGGGAACAGAGACCUCCAUGCAGCCGCGGCCAUGGCAUUGGAUAAGCUUUUGCAGCUUGAAUCUGCCCCUACAUCUCUGACACCAAGAUGCAUAAGUUCGCGACUGCCGAUUGAAAAAGAAAUUUCGCUCUUAGACGUUCAAGAGGCGUUUUUGCGCACGAAAGAACUUGACGAUAAACCCAUAUUUGAUGACAAUGCCGUUCUACAACCCGCAGAAACAAUCGGCGAACUUAUUUCCUUUGCCCGCGUAACAACGACUCAACAGUAUUCCAGCUCGACUGUAGUCUCUGUCAAUCGUCACGAAAACCCGAACAUAAGCAGCCGAAACAACCGCGAUUUUGUCUGUAACCAGAAACACCCGGCAAGCCCCUCUUCACCAGAACCUGCAAGUCCUUUUCGCGGCGACCGCCUCGUUGCGAUUUCGCCCCAUCAAGGCUACAGUCAAGACGACUCUAUGCGCAACGUCAGUCCCUUUGAUAGAGACCACGAAAUCUUCGAGAAUGACAACCGGACUUUCCAGAGCACAGCCUGCGUCUUCGUGGCACCAAGGAGCAAAUCGGAGCAGCGCGGGAUCACGGGGUCGAGCGUGGCGACUGAGGGAGGUAGCGCCUCGCACGCCGGGUGA